GAGGGGAUGGCGCCCGGCUGAGAGGUGCGGGGCAGGGACGGCGCCCGGCUGGCCUCCCCGAUGGCGGCCGCCUUCCUGGUGGCGCUCUACGAGUACUCGCCGCUCUUCUACAUCUCCGUGGUGUUCGUCUGCUUCCUGAUCACCAGCGGCCUGGUCAUGGGCUGGUUUGGGUGGGAUGUGCCCGUGAUUCUGAGAAACUCGGAAGAAACAGAAUCAAAUGUGAAGGUGUCCCAGAGACAGAUGCGGCAGGUGAAGAACCCAUUCAGCUUGGAUAUCAAAAACCAGGCGGCCGCUUCAGUAGCAAGUGGCAUAAUGCUGGUGUCGGAUUGCCUGGCAGACUGCCUGCUUACAUGCUACUGGGGUUGCAGGGUGCAGAAGCUGCACGAAGCGCUGCAGAAACAUGCCUGUUGCUUUCGCAUUAAAACUCCACAGGCCUUUGAGGACGCCGUGUGUGAUGAGUAUCUCUGCCGCCAACAGUACCACAUAAAGAAGACGGACAAAGAGGAGAAGCUGUGUGUGCUACCGGGAGAGGCACUGAUCGCUGACUUCGGACCAGUGCCUAGAUCCCGGUACCCCCUGGUAGCACUGCUGACCUUAGCCGAUGAAGACAACAGAGAAAUAUAUGACAUUGUUUCUAUGGUGUCCAUCAUUCACAUUCCGGAUGAGAGCUACACCCUUUCCUGCAGGAUAUUGUAUCAGUACCUCCUUCUGGCCCAGGGUCAAUUUCAUGAUCUAAAGCAACUCUUCAUGUCCGCCAACAGCAGCGCCUCCUCUGUGCUCAGCCCUUCCCUGGGAGAGGGGACAGACGCCCACGCCCUGCUCAAAAGGGCCGGGCUGGCCGAGGACGAGCCGGAAGCGCCGGAGGAGAGCACCAGGGACUGCAUCGUCUGCCAGAACCGGGCCGUCAACUGGGUGCUGUUGCCUUGCAGGCACACAUGCCUUUGCGACGAGUGCGUGAAGUAUUUCCAGCAGUGCCCGAUGUGCCGGCAGUUCGUCGGAGAGUCCUUCCCCCUGAGCGGCCCGAAGGAGUGAGACUGAACAGGGGAGACCAGCGUGUGCUUCCUAGCCGCGCACGGAUAGAGGGCUCCGGCUUCCGAGCCGGGUCGAGGGCUCGCGUUCUCUUCCACGUGAAUGACAGUUUGGCGCCCGAUGAACGAGGAAGGUUGGACCCCUUAGGAAGCCAAAGGCAUUAGCCUCUUCGCCCUGUCUUGCCGCCGUUCUCUGGAGCCGUCUAAAGCGGGUAGGAGGUGCAGGCGGAAGGGGUGCACCGAAAUGGCUGUGAAGAGCAUCUUGCUACACCUAGUCAGCAUUUUCUUCAAGAAUUAUGAAGGGGGUUCCUUCAACAAGCGGAAAGAGAGAAAACAUACCAGACCAAAUAACCCCUGUUAGAACAACCCUGUUCGUUGCUGUGAGCUUCCAGAAGAGUGGGCUCAAUUUUCUUCCAGCUCACUAGCAACUCUGCACUUUUUAAAGCUGUAGCAAGAGGGACACAAAAGAGGAACGGAUCUCAUAGAUGAAGGUGUGGCAGCAGCUUUUAAGUGGGGCCACAAGCAUCUGGUGUACUUGAUCUUUGGAGGGGGCCGGGCAGAGCUUGGUACUUCCCCUCACCUGCGGGAGGGUCUUUCAGCAUUUGGGGUUUGAUCUGCUCAAGUCCUCAAAUGCUCCGAUGUGGAAAUGCCAGUACAUUGUUUGUGUAAACUACUGAAAAAAAUGGCUCUGAAGCAAUACAAACUCGAAAAAAGAAAAUAUUAACUGAGCAGCAAAAAGCCAUUUUUGUUUAUCCUUGGACACAAAAUGUUCGUUUGCCCCAAGCAAUUUCAGGUGAUUCCUAUAGUAAAGGCUAUGACUGAAUUAUAGCCCAAUCUGCCUAAUUCUUCUUUUUGCAGGGGUGGGGCCUGCCUUGCACCCACCUUUAAAUUUUAUUUAUCUGCCAUUGUGAAGUAAUACUUUCUAGGCCUCCUUCCUCUCCUUAUUUUUAAUUCUGUGAAGCACCCAGUAUCCAAAGGGAUACAUGUUCGGCCCUGGAUAAAUGCAGUUGUUUUUAAAAAUGCGAA